AUGGCGACGAAUAGCAUUAAGCUCUUGACGGGGAACAGUCACCCGGACCUCGCGAAGGCUGUUGCGGUUAGGCUGGGUAUUGAACUCACCAAGAUUAUGGUCUUGCAGUACUCGAAUCAAGAGACCAGUGUGACAAUCGGUGAAUCCGUUAGAGACGAAGAUGUGUUCAUCCUUCAGUCGACAAGGCCAAAUGACAUCAACGACGGCCUGAUGGAGUUGCUCAUCAUCUGCAAUGCAUGCAAGACUGCCUCCGCUCGCCGGGUCACAGCCAUCCUUCCCAAUUUCCCCUACGCCCGACAAGACAAGAAAGAUAAAUCGAGAGCACCCAUCACAGCGAAACUUAUGGCGAACAUGCUGCAAACUGCAGGCUGCAAUCAUGUUAUUACCAUGGAUCUCCACGCCUCUCAGAUCCAGGGCUUCUUCAAUGUCCCGGUCGAUAACCUCUAUGCCGAACCAAAUUCCGUCAAGUGGAUUCGAGAGAAUUUGAUGCAUGCGACGGAAACAAAUGCAGAGAUCAAUGGGACCAAACAGGACUGUGUCAUCGUCAGUCCAGAUGCAGGCGGUGCGAAAAGAGCCACAUCUAUGGCUGACCGACUUGAUCUUCCUUUUGCGUUAAUUCACAAGGAGCGAUCCCGACCAAAUGAAGUCAGCCGCAUGACCCUGGUCGGUACAGUCGAAGGCAAAGUCGCCAUUCUAGUUGACGACAUGGCCGACACAUGCGGCACCCUGGCAAAGGCAGCAGACACCCUCAUUAAGCAUGGGGCGAAGGAUGUGGUAGCCCUGGUCACCCACGGUAUUCUGUCAGGUCGGGCAGUCGAAAUUCUCAAAGGUUCGAAGCUAUCACGCUUAGUGAUUACCAACACGGUACCGAUUUCAGAAGACAAGAUCGAGGCGUUGAGAGUCGAGGACGGCCAGAAAGGUUGCAGACUGGAAUUCAUCGACAUUGCGCCAGUGCUGGGUGAGGCCAUCAGGAGAACUCACAACGGUGAAAGUGUGAGCUAUCUCUUCAGCCAUGCUGUGUGA